AUGUGCCAAGGCGUGAUCGUCUGCCAGAAUCCAGAUUGCAGUAUCACCUCUCUCAAGCCAUCAAAGAUCAUACGAUGUCCAGGCUGUGAUCGGGGCCUCAGCAAGUCUACAUGCAGCGCCUCCAGCACGCUCAUUUCAGAUUCGUCAGGCUGGAUCGUCAGAUUUCGACACAGCGGCAUUCACGAGCACGAGCGACCGCCUGCGGCUGCACCCACUGAGCUCUAUACGUUCCGAGCAAGCGACUUUGUUCGCGAAGAGGAGCCCCUCGCUGAAGAACCAUUCCAGCCGCAGAGAAAGCGCAAGGCAACAGAUGCCUCGUGGCCCGUCAACACUUCCGCAAGUCCGUCCAGCGCUUCAUCGUCGUCAAAGUCAUCCAGAGCUUCAGGAUUUCCAAUGUCGUCGAGGUCGUUCCCUGAUGGCUCCCUCUCGCCCGAGUGCAACACGCUGCAUGUACGACCGCAGCGCGAGCGUUCGACGAGUUCGCAGACGACUGCCUCGCAAUCUGCCCGCUACCGCGCCCACAGCCCAUCACCGCUCAUGGACAUUUCGCCGCCUUUCAGCGGCACUGGCGAUCCUUUCGCAUUUGACGCGAUUCCAUACAUCUCAACGCCGACGACCGCUUCGCUUGCAACGCCAGCAAGCACAUUAUUCAGUCCCUUCAACGGAUCGAGUCGCAGUUUCGGCACGCCCUCGACUUCGUUCGAUGCUGCUUGGGCACAGUCGCUCGACAAAACGAGUGCCUCAGCCGCAGCUGCUAGUUCGGAAGCAGAUACUAGCGUGCUGGCACAAUUCCUCGAAUCACUCAGUACAGGCCAAUGUCGUACGCCCGUCAGCGGUGCAGAUUGGCUGCGACCUUUCGAUCAAGCCCUGCCGCGACGACCGGCUAGCGCUCCCCGGCUGGAGUCGCCAAGAGGGGACACCUUUCCGUCGUCCGUGCACCUCGAUAAACGUGACAGCGUGCAAGUCAAAUUCGACAAACAGCACAUCUUGCUGGAAGAGAAGCGCAGAUUGGAAGCGAUGCGCAGGGAGACCAGAGAGUAUCUUAACUCGAUCGACCGUCGACUUGACUGUCUCGAGCGUGAUAUGAUGCAGAUAGAGAUCACAUAGAUUAUUCUGUUGUGCGCGUUACGCUAACUUGUUCUUGCCCUGACUCGCUUUUGUACUGAGAUACCACGCCGUCCUCAUGGC